AUGGAGCAGCUAACUGAGUUUGUCUCGAAAUCCUUCACGCUGGAUCGUGCCCUCGCAACGACAGUUCCCGUGACUCCUAUUCCGUUAGUGCUUCCUCCUGUGGGACAAUCUGCUGUGACGGCAAAGACACCUUCGGCCAAGAGUUUAUCGUUCACGGCACAGAAUCUGGCAACCCCUGCUUCGAAAGAAAGACCUCGAGUGGAAUCUCCGACUGCGAGGACGUCGCCGGUUCCACUAGAUGUGUCUCGUCGGCGAUCGUCCAGUGACGCCGAGCUGGACAAGGAGGAGGACGAUGGCGAAACGUCCAGGGGAAGUUCAGUCGCUUCACCCGAGCCUGACACGAUCAGCAGAGCUAAACUCCUCCGAAAGGACGGAUCUCCACCUCAUCUCCAACGGCCACCGUCCUGCGGAAGGCUAGAGGUCAAGUCCGAGACCCUGUCGCCUUCUGAGACUCCCAGGGAAGAAAACGGAGGGAUAUCCAGCAGCAGCAACAAGGUGAAGCAAAGGCGAUCCCGAACAAAUUUCACACUGGACCAGUUGAACGAACUGGAACGCUUGUUCGACGAGACCCACUACCCUGACGCCUUCAUGAGGGAAGAGCUUUCGCAGAGGCUCGGAUUGUCUGAAGCACGAGUACAGGUGUGGUUUCAAAAUAGGAGGGCGAAAUGCAGAAAGCAUGAGAGCCAAAUGCAAAAGAGCCUAAUGCUGGGCACGAGCACACCGAUCGAGUCAUCGCGCAUUGCCCCUUACAUCAACGUGAGCGCGACCCCGCCCCCUCCGCCCCCGGCGGCGGCAGCAGCAGCCGCAGCGGCGGCGGCGGCGACUUCUCGUCUGGCGGAUCGGCUCCUCUUCUCGACUGGUGCCGCCUCCGGCCCCACGUUCCUGCCCUACCCGGACCCGGCGGGACUCCUGGCUGCCGCACAGCACUAUUCGGCGGUGGCCGCGGCGGCCGCAGCGUCCAGCCACGCGGGGCUGCCACCGUCGGGUCUGUUCUUCUAUCCCUCGGCGGCAAAUCCUUUCGGGCUUACAACACUCAUGUCGCCGGAUAGAUUCAGCAAUAAGAAUAGCAGCAUCGCGGAUUUGAGACUGAAGGCCCAGAAGCAUGCGGCCGCACUCGGACUUUGAUGGGUGGAGGUGAUUGUUACUGACACGGAGAGGUAUCAUACAAGACAGGGGACUGACUGUGAUCCUCUCCUGUCUGCUUUUAACGAUACGAUUUGUAGAAUUGAAUUGAGAGAAAAUACGAUACGGGGCGGUUGUCCGGCAGCGACCAGGUGUAAUGUUUUAUUAUAAUGAAGACUAGAGUAUGGGAAUAAGACGCAAUGCUUCGCCAGUGUUAAAGGACCACUAAGUGCAAAACUUUAUUCUCACGGAAUGAAAAAUGCUGGUACUUUGACGUCAACAAAACAAGGAACGGGAUGAGCUAGGAACGAUAAAGGUACAUGGUAACACGUUAUAUUUUAGUUGAUGAGUAUCGUGUUCUUACAUUUCACACCAAUAUCGUCACAAUUAAUGAAAACCUUAAGCAAAAAAAUGAAAUUAAAGAAUUAUGUGAGAAUUUAUGAGCUGCACACUAAGAAGAACUGAAUGUCAAGUAGUUUGGUGAAGCCACGCGAAAUCAAAAACCCAAACAUGUGAAGAGAGGGGUCCUCUGUGUACAAAUAAGAAUGUGGUUCAAACGUACAAGCUACCAGUAGCACCGUAGUUCCUACGCUUAAGCUUUCUCAGCUAUACAUUACUAGACGUACGAGUAGUUCCUAUAACGCCAAUGGUGAUAGAACAGCUUACAGGUCAUUGCUGCUGCCGCCACUACUCCACAGCUUGAAAUGUGCAAUGGAAGUUGAUGGACUUCCCAGCUGGGCUUCCUCACUGUGUUGUGCACCGGACAGUGUUGCAUCUCGUGCUGGACAUCGGACUACUGUGCAGUUCUCGACAAGCAAUACGGGACCUGACGAGUAGAAGUACAUUUCUGUACUCGGCUCGCCUGCUUCAAGCCAACGUACACGGAAAGAGACGGGCUUGUAUGGAGCAAUUCAAGUUAUGAAACGCCCGUGUCCUUGUCGCACGAGAAUAAAAGAAAACACAUGCCUCGAAGCAUUGUGGUUCCAGAAAAAUCAACAAAGCGCACUAGCCUUUCUUAUACGACUUGCGCAUGAACGUUUAGCGUACCCUUUCUGUGGAUUGGAUUGGAAUGGAUUGGAUUUAAAGAUAGUAUGAA